AUGGACGAGUUACUGGCGACUGAGCUCUCUGCUGAUACGAUGGCAGCGUUGCAGGCGCAUCUACUGGAACGCUCUCAAGAGAACGACGUUAUGGUAACGGAGGAUUUCCGGCUCUCCCAAUUCUGGUACGACGAGAAGACUGGUCGUGCACUGGCACAAGAGGCUAUUGACCACAGUACUAGUGAGCUGAAGAUUGCAUUCGUGAGUACGCCAGCAGCCUACCGUGACUUCCUUAAGAUUCAGAGCGAAGAGACGGAUGAAGCCAAGCGCGUAGUGAUGGGCGACAACGUCUACAUCUUUGAGUUUGACCGUCGAUUUGGCGAGAAGUACGGCAGCCACUUCUGCUUUUACGACUACAACACGCCAACUGAUCUGCCCGAGAAGUUCCAUCACUUCUUUGACUACGUGCUCAUGGAACCGCCGCACCUGUUCUCGGACACGAUGCGAUGGCUGGCGAAGGAUGUUGAGUCGGUGCCGGGCAAAAAAGACCGCGUCAUCAAUCCAGCCACGUUUAUCAACUCCCAGUUGCUGCGGAAGCAGAUGAAGGCAGACCUGGGCUUCUACCCCACGGGCUUUUGCCCGACGUUCGAGUCGAAACUAAGCAAUCACCUCCUCACGUACACCAACUACGAGUCAAAGCGCUUUGGUUUGUGCAACGAGCCCGACGACAACGACGACAAGGAGAAGGAGAUAAAGGCAGACAAUAACAAGUAG